UUUAAGUUAGUUGUUUGAGUUAUCGGGUUGGUAGCGCGGUACAACACAGUUUCGCUUUCCCUGUCAUCUGUUGACAUGUCUUCUUUCCGUGCUGCAGGUUUGGUUGCACGGCAGCUGUUCAGUAAAAAUGUAUUUAACCAACCUGGACACCGAUGGCUAUCCACUUCAUCUGUUUUAAAAGCUGGAGCCCCAGAGUUCUCCAGCAUAUUAGAGGAACGUAUUUUGGGACAAGCACUACAAACUAACUUGGAGGAGACUGGACGUGUUUUAAGCAUCGGUGAUGGGAUCGCGCGCGUCUAUGGUCUGAAGAACAUUCAAGCAGAAGAGAUGGUUGAGUUUUCAUCUGGAUUGAAGGGUAUGGCUCUAAAUCUGGAACCUGACAAUGUUGGAGUGGUCGUUUUCGGGAAUGAUAAACUAAUCCGUGAAGGAGAUAUUGUCAAGCGUGCAGGGGCCAUUGUUGAUGUGCCUGUUGGUGAAGAACUACUUGGUCGGGUAGUCGACGCUUUAGGUAACCCAAUCGACGGAGCAGGUGCGAUCAAUACGAAGACAAGACAGCGUGUUGGAGUCAAAGCUCCCGGCAUCAUACCACGUAUUUCCGUUCGUGAACCUAUGCAAACUGGAAUUAAAGCUGUUGAUAGUCUCGUUCCCAUUGGACGUGGUCAGCGUGAACUGAUCAUUGGAGAUCGUCAGACAGGUAAAACAGCCAUUGCAGUUGACACUAUUAUCAAUCAAAAACGUUUCAACGAUGCCGCUGAUGAGAAGAAAAAGUUGUACUGUAUAUAUGUUGCUAUUGGACAAAAACGUUCAACAGUUGCACAACUGGUCAAACGUCUGACUGAUGCAGACGCCAUAAAAUACACAAUCAUUGUGUCUGCAACAGCAUCUGAUGCAGCUCCUCUUCAGUACUUGGCUCCAUACGCAGGGUGUGCAAUGGGUGAAUAUUUUCGUGACCAUGGAAAGCAUGCAUUAAUCAUUUAUGAUGAUUUGUCUAAACAGGCUGUUGCUUAUCGACAAAUGUCACUUCUGCUACGAAGGCCUCCGGGGAGAGAAGCCUACCCUGGUGAUGUAUUUUAUUUACACUCUCGCUUACUGGAGAGGGCUGCCAAAAUGAAUGAUACAUAUGGAGGUGGUUCAUUAACAGCUCUUCCAGUCAUUGAAACUCAAGCUGGUGAUGUGUCUGCCUACAUUCCAACUAACGUCAUCUCUAUAACUGAUGGGCAGAUUUUCUUGGAGACAGAAUUGUUCCAUAAGAGUAUAAGACCUGCUAUCAAUGUCGGUCUUUCUGUUAGCCGUGUUGGGUCUGCUGCACAAACUAAAGCUAUGAAACAAGUUGCUGGUCGCAUGAAACUAGAGCUAGCUCAGUAUCGAGAAGUAGCUGCUUUUGCUCAAUUUGGUUCUGAUUUAGACGCAUCAACUCAAUCGCUCUUAAAUCGUGGUGUUCGUUUAACGGAACUUUUGAAACAAAAUCAAUAUGCUCCUAUGGCAAUCGAACAACAGGUUGUUGUAAUAUACGCUGGUGUUAGGGGACAUUUGGAUAAGUUGGACCCAUCAAAAAUUGUCCACUUUGAGAAAGAUUUUCUGAAGUUUGUCCUAGCAAACCAUCAAGAUAUCCUAAAGACCAUUCGUGAAGAAGGAGAACUAAAACCAGCGACUGAUGAAAAACUGAAAAAGAUUGUAGUUGAUUUCUUGGCUGGGUAUCAAGCGUCUCCAUAGGUAACCAGAUAAAAUAUGCAACUGCGGUAGUAUCUUUUCAUAGGAUUGACAAGGUCAACAAUGUUAUUUGCAGAUUUCUGUCGCCAGUUGUUUGUACUUAGCCUUAAUAAUAAUUCUAAUUAAAUUAUCUUGAAAUC